GCGGAGAGAGACACAUGUUCAUGUGCGUCUUUAUCACCAGACCAGAUAGCAACGAAGGCAGUAACAACAUCUAACAGCAAUGCUGUAAACCAACAACCGAAUACACCACACCCACAGGUAAUCACCCGUCCACUGCAAAACCAAUUCAACAAUUUACCAUCUACAUGUCAGAAUACGAGUGUAGCACAAACAUCUGCAACCCGUCCACUGCAAAACCAAAUCAGCAAUUUACCAUCCACAUGUCAGAAUACGAGUGUAGCACAAACAUCUGCAACCCGUCCACUGCCAAACCAAAUCAACAAUUUCCCAUCUACAAGUCAAAAUACGAGUGUACCACAAACAUCUGCAAUCCAUCUAUUGCAAAACCAAUUCAGCAAUUUCCCAUAUACAAGUCAAAAUACGAGUGUAGCACAAACAUCUGGAAUCCGUCCACUGCAAAACCAAUUCAACAAUUUCCCAUAUACAAGUCAAAAUACGAGUGUAGCACAAAUAUCUGCAAUCAGUUUAUUGCAAAACCAAUUCAGCAAUUUCCCAUCUACAUAUAUACGGGAUUUCAACCCAACCUUGGUUGCUAGUGAAGCGGCGUUAAGCAACCCUCCAGCAGCACCUACUAGACCGUUUGUAAUUACCCUCUUGCAGAAAUGCCACAGUAAGGUUAGUGUUUGCUAUAGUUGCCGACAAAACCUGAAGCCAGACGAUCAGAUUCCUCCUCCUCCAGCUGACUUGGUUGUCGUAACCAAAACGCGCCGAGAGUAUCACGAUCCACAUGAUGGAACACCACAAGUUGGAAAAGACCCAAAGAAUGUUUACUAUCACUGUCAUCCAGACUGCAUAAAAAAGAAGCAAGUAUAUUUUUCUCCCCAUCUUGCUCAAACCGAUCCUGGUGUUAAAGCCUUCCUUACAGCUAUUCAUGUUGAAUACAUUCAUCAAAACUUUGGGAUGAAUGCGUUAUAA